GCUAUGCUGCAAGGUCUGGCUACUGAAUGGAGAGACCCGUGGAAGGAUCCGGUCGACAAGCCCCAUGACAUCUUGGAUCUGACGCAGCGCUGUCUGGGUGAGGCUCGCGCUGCACCUUUGCCUCUCGUCGCUCUGCUGGAUCUGGAUGCCGUGCUGCCCAAGAUGAAGGCGAAGGGAGUGGGCGCGAUGAGCCCGCUGGACAUUCAGCGCCAGCCAGACCAGGCUCGCCAGGCCUUUGUCGACAACGUGAAUGCAAUGAAGCUUGCUGGAGUUAGGCCCAUGGCUAUCAGCGCAGUGCUGGGCGCUGCUAUUCCGAAGGAGUCAGGGGGUUGCAGAGUAUUCGGCCUCGUCCCGAUGACGCGAAAGCUUCGGGAGAAUGGUGCUUGCGACUUGUUCUUCGAGCGCGUGGUGCUCUUCCACGACCUCAUUCAGUUUUAUGACGCGGUGAGCUUUGUCUUGUUAGUGCAAGCUGGCUUGAACAGUGGAUUCCCGCCCAAUAUAUUCCUGCUGGAGGUUGGCAUGUAUUUUGCCCCUCGGCCCCCGAAGAAAGGCCAGGUGAUCUCGGAUGCGAUUGAUGUUGCCCGCUCUAUUGUCGCUGGUUCUGGGCAUUGUGUUCUCUUGGCCAAGGUGAUGCUUCACGGGCCGCUGGGCUCUGUGCACCGCCCGGUGCCCCCUGCGGGCUUGUGGAGCUACAUCGGCGGCGUCGCCAGCAGAGCGGAGGGGUCCAAGCAGAAGGUCAUCGCCGACAUGGAGGCCGCGGCAGAUGUCAUGGCGGCAG